GCAAUUUUACUUUCUGCCAGACUGGCUGUUAUUACUAAUAUGAUUAAUUAUUUCUUGUUUUCAAUUUGAGGUGCUAUAAAACAAGUUAUCUGAAAUGUUUAGAGGUCACAUAUUAAGUACGUCUCUCAUAUUUUUUGUACUAUUUAACGGAAUACUAAUCAAGGCUAAAUCAGUUGAGGAUUCUCGCAGGUUGUAUAAAGUUGAAAAAUACGCCUUAUAUCUAACAAAUCUAAAUUUAACUGAAAUUGAUAAAGAUGUCUUGAAAAAGGCAGAAUCUGUGGUCCACAAAUUAGUUUUGGAUGGAAACACUGGACUUGAUUUACCGAAAAGAGACUUUAUAUUUGAAGAUGAACAGUUUCAAUCAUUUCACUGUAUUGUUUGCAACAUUUCCCUAAUCUACAAGGAAACUUUCUCAAAGCUUCCCCAUUUAAGGGAAGUUAUCAUCCGGGAGAAUCCUCUUAGGGCUAUCCAUCCGGAUACUUUCAAGGAGAAUGCCUUACUACGGAGGUUGGAUUUAAGGAAUAAUAAACUCAAGGCUUUCAACAGCAUGGGUAUACUAAAUCAUAUGAGAAAUCUUAUGAUCAUACACUUAAGUCACAAUGAAUUUAACAUGGACGUGAAGUAUCCUAUAAUCUACAUGGACUACAUGGUGAGACUUGAUUGUGAAGGGUGCAACAUUUCCCGGGUUUCCCCUGCAGCUCUUUCAGGAAUUGGAAUACUCUACAACUUAAACUUACGACACAACAACAUGCAACACUACAACUUGACGAUUAAAGGACUUAGGACGCUUGAUCUAUCCCACAACCCUUUAAAUCUUACAGAUGUAUCCUUGAAUCAACCUGAUAUGGAGAUCUUCAGUUGCAACAACUGCUCAACAAGACACAUCAGCGAAGAGUUGUUUAUGAACUGCACUGAUCUCCUCACUGUGGAAAUGCGCAAAAAUGGUCUUGAGAAAAUUCACCAUAACGCUUUUAGUAACAACAACUUCCUCAAAACCUUAGAAUUUGAUCAUAACAAUCUAAGACAUAUUCCAGGAAAAGUUAUCAAGAUGGAUUCAUUGAAGCAACUUUGCUUCGACUACAAUCCAAUUGAGAUGACUAAGGAUAACUGGAAAUUAUUGAAUAUCUAUUUUACUGUGGGUUUAGGUGAAACGUGUAAGAUCAGGAAGAAAUCAAGUAUUACUGCUGGACUCUUGCAUCAAAUCCCUCACAAUGAAAGAGCCAGAUUUAUACGACAACGCAUUUACAACGAAAAUGCUGUAGUGCUGCAGAACGUAACGUUCAUCUCACCGGAUUAUUUUCAAGAUGAUCACGACACGUUCCAUGCGCUUGUAAUGGAUGGCAACUAUCAAUUCAAUUUCCAUCCCAAUACUCCUUUUACGUUUUACAGUAAAUUGAAAGAGUUCCGAUGCAACGGAUGUGGUAUUACGAGAAUUUAUGAGGAAACUUUCAAGUAUACUCCUCAUCUGAGACAUGUACAACUGAAAGACAAUAAAAUCACGCAUUUUGCAUUGGAAUCCUUCCAUCACAAUGUUAGACUACAGACACUUAUUCUCGAUAGGAAUCCUAUUGAGAUUGUAUAUAGUAAAGCAACAAAGCACUUUGAUGAUGGUUUAGACAUCCUCCUUUCAUCAGAUUAUUCGCCCCAGCAGGAUAUUUCCGACAAGAUUCUGUCCAAUCUUGAGAAAUUUACUUGCUCAAGUUGUAAUAUUUCCAUUUUGCAUGAGAACACUUUCAAAUUGACUCCCAAUAUUCGAGAAGUUGAUUUAAGUGGUCACAACUUAAGUGUUCUCAGCCAAACAAUCAACUUUGGUUCGUCCAUUGAACAACUGAAUCUAUUGGGAAAUCUUCAAGAAUUCCCGAUGCACUUGCUGAAUUUGUCAAAUUUGGAAAUCUUGUGCAUCAACUAUUCUUUGAUCAAUGCAACGGAAAUUGUUGUUCAAAUGGAAUCUACAACUGACAAGUUGAUAGCGAGGUUGCUAAGUUUGUCUUGUCUGGAAUAUCCAUCUGUGGACUGUGACAGGAAAUUUGCAAUUGCAAGUUUAAAAAGAACCCUUGAGGAGUUCACAGAACUGAGGGAAAAAGAACAACAAGCACUGCAACAAUUAACAAGCACUACAACAGAAACCGUAACUACAACUACAACAACACAAAGCUCAACAACAGAAGUGCUGACAAAAACAACAAUUGAUUUAAAUUUUGACGUCGACAACAUGUUGCUAAAUGAAACAUAUCCUGAAAAGGAAAAUCUUAUUUUAGAACAAAGUGAAAGUAUAAUUGAAUCAGAUGGAAAUAAUGUUGAUGAGCCUACCGAGCAUUCCCCAGUUACAUCCUCAGAUGUUAUCAACGUAGCGUCAUUGUUCGGGGAUAGACCUGAUAUCCCGGGAUCAUACGAAAGUUCUGCUACGACUUUAAUUAUAAGUUUAAAUAUCCUAUUUGUUGCUUUUAUUUUUUCAGCUUCUUUUCCAUGAGCCUAUUUGCAUCAAAAUUGUGCCAAAAACUGUUUUAGUCAACAUGGGUAUUUUUGAUCUCGUUCAAAAAGAUUAUCUAAGUUGAUUUUCGGUUUUAUACGGAAACUAUAUAAGGAUCUGUAGGUUUAUUCAUAAGAAUUUGAAUUGUAAGGCUAAAACCGGUAAAACAUUCUCAAUCUACGAGAAUAUAGUCUUAAAUUGCAGAACAGAUUGUAAAAUAAGUUGCAGAUAAAAAGAGAGGUCAUAUAGUCCAUGGUAUGGUCAUGUUCAGUGCAUGGAUGAAGAAAGACUUCUCAGAAAAGCUAUGCAAGCAAUUAUGGAGGAGCUUCGACUUCGAGGUAGGCCUAGGUCAAAGUAGCUGAAGCAACUUCAGGAUCUUGCCUUUCAGAGCCUUAGGAACGGCCGUGAACAUUUUCUUGAAGUCGCGGAGGAUCGAAAAGCACUGGACCAGGGUACCCUAAGUCCGCAACCCUGAUUGGGACAAGUGAUUUAAGAUUUUGAAGUUGGUUCUUCUAUUAAAAUUGCAACGAUCAUUAUUUGAAAGUUGCCAAUCAUUUGUCUUCGCGACAACGGGACGACAAGAAGGAAAUUCGUUUGGACCACCUUUAAUAUUGCAAGCUUUAAAGUUUGAAUUUACUAUUAAACACUAAACAAGGACGUGGCUAAUUGGGGGCAGGAAAGAGCUGUUGCUCCAAUAAUAUGCGAUAUUCCGACAAGGGGAAUCAAUCUAGGUUCGACCAAGUAAACGAAAGCAUGGAACUCUGAGUUCUGGGUCUUGAGCAGUGGAUAAUUUUGUUAUCCCAGGGCCCAGGACAACAAAAUUACGCUCAAGAAGCUUUCUAAGAAUUUUUAGUGUUAUAUUUGGCGGACAAUAUGAUUAAAAUUCUGUUAUACCCUGCUUCCAGUAGGUUCAAAGGUCUACGUAUGUAUGAUCUACAGCCAAUCGGUAUUUGUUCUAUUUCCUUAAUUUCAUAUAACUAAAUAAAUGUUUUCUUUUUUUAUUAAUUGCAAUUGAAAUUCCUAUGAAUAUACCCAAAGUUCGCUAUACAUACCUAAUAAUGUUUAUGUAAAUGAGCUUUCAGGGGUAUCCUAGGAUAGGGGAUUAAGUUUCUGCUAAAUUUUCGAUUACAAUUCUUUUUUGAAAUGUGUUUUAAAAAAUAAAUACAAAAAGAACUAAAAAUAUCAAAAUUACUCUUAAAAAAUAGUGAUGAUUAUUUUUGAUCAAUAAGAAAAAAAAUGGACAUAAAGUCUCUUGAUUUUGUACCGUGAAAGACUUGCUCUCUACUUACAGUUCUGUAAGAUUUAAAAUUUGAUGAGUUUUAUGAAAAAUUGAAGGUAGCAUCUGUUUUUGAUGCUAUUUUGACCAGUAACAUUCAGUGUACUCCUAUGAGGAAGGAUAGUAUUGGGGUUGGCGAAAUCUACCGAUACUACUGAGGUCACAAUUGUCGGAUAAAUCGUACGCUUCAGAAAUCAAAGCUAUAGUAUAAUAUUUUGAAUCAAUACCAAGCCUGAAGCGCCUGAAGCCUGACUGAGAUGUUUUAUAUUAAAUUUUAAAAAGCAAAGCAGAUAUAAAAAAAAGACCACAAAAAUACAAUUAACAACAUUAAUGGGGAAUAUUCUAUUACGUUAUUCGUAGGAUCCAGUUUAUCAGGAUUACGCGCUUGUAAUUAUGGAGAACAUCUAAGGAAACAUAAGCCCGGGAUUAGUUUUAAUCAUAUAGUUUAAUGUACAAAAUUGAACAACAUACCAGUAUUUUGCUAGUCAGUAAAUUCGGAAAAUCUCUAACCUAUGGCACAGCCCCUAUAUCAAUAUGAAAAGUCUAAACUAAGUAAGAGCAAAGGGUAUAAUAAUACGAUAUCAUUGUAAAAUAUAAAAAAAAGCAAGAGAAAAUGAUAAUAAAAAAAAUUAAUAAAGGGUCUUUUCCAGAAAAUGUAUGGGACUAGCUAUUAAAUUACUUAUUAAGUACUUAAUAAGUACUUAAUUUUAGGUGUAGGUAUGUAUGUAUGUACAGCCCCAUAAUGUAUUAGUUAUGUAUAGUGAUAUGAGUUAAAUAAAUAAAUAAAUAAAAUAACUAUACAUGUAUAACUAAUUCAAGGCUUUUAUGAAUAAAUCUUAGCUUUAACACGUUUUUUUAUUGUUGGAUGAGAUUUUUCGACCUUUAGUGGUGUAUUACUCCGGUAUAUUACAUAGCUAUAAAUGGCCCCUUAGAGCGGGAAGAAGAGACCAAGUCUUGGGAAGCGACAUUCAGACGACUUAGGGUUAACUUCAAACUUAACGCUUUAUUGGACUUAAGAUUUGAGCUCGUAACUAAAGAAAAAACGGCCACUUCCUUGAUUUUAAGGCGCAUUUAGAGCUUCAAGGCGACAUCCGAUCUGAAAACGUAGGUAACUUUUUGCUUGUCAGGCCAAUAACGACGGAUCUUCUCAUUUGCCUUUGUUCUAAAAUUUUUAGAACGAAGUUACGCAUGCAAAGUUUGACAUUGCGUCAGUUUUGAUAAUAUUUUCUUUCAUUUUCUUUCUUGAUUUGAAUUUAGGCUGAUCAUAUCUUAUCUUAGACAGUUGCACUAUAAAAAUCAUUGGUAUUUAUAAUAAAUAUUUAUUAUAAGGUAUACAUUAUAAUGUAAAGAAUUUAAAUCCUAUGACCGUUAUAACGCAUCUUUGACAGCAUCUCUCUGCACACACCUAAUAGAUUAUAUUUUUUAGCUAAAUAGAUCCCGGCUGAUAGAUUCUCUUCCCUAUUCGCUGGAAAGUCACAUUUCUCGGCUUUCGCUUCAAGCAAGGGCUUUUACUGGCGGUAUAGUUCUAUAGCCCGCCGUGUAAGGGAUUGCUUAACAGAAGACACUGUCAGGCAAUCGGUAACAUUUUCUGGAAGAGUUCGAAUAUAGCUGGGUCUUUAAGGAACUACGUAAUAAUUUUUCCAGGUCAAAGCUUGAAUCGAUUAAAGGAAAUAUAAAGAAAUUUACUUGUAGGAAACUACCGUCCUCCGAAGCUUAAAGAUUUUCCCUUACUCAUAAACAGCGUAGACGCUACUUUAUCCCCCUAUACUGUUCGUAAGCUUUUCUUUAAUUUUAGAACUUAUGGUCUUCUUCACGGUCUUCUCCGAUCUGGUCUAUCAUGCCCGAUCGGAGAAGACCAUCCUUAAGUGAUGGAAUUAAAGAAAAACUUCGAAACAGCAGGGAUAGGGCAGAAACAGCGACUUCUACGGUACUUAGAAGGUCAGUUCCUUCCUUUACAUGAGUGAUUGAAAAAAAAUCAUGUUUUUUUUAAUGUCCUACUAAAAUUAUUCUUUUAUUCAA